AUGGCAGAAGUUGAGCCCACUGGGACCGUUUCGCAUCGGGCGUUGGUAUCACUGAAAGAGGCUGCACGAAUUAUUGGGGCCCAAGGGUCGACCAUCCAGGAAAUAAGACAGUCUAACCAAGUGAAAAUUGGUAUUUCUCCACAUGAGAAAGGGUGCUCAGACCGUCUUCUCACCUGUUCAGGUCCAAUCCAGAACGUAGCCGAUGCGUUCAGAGACGUCUUAGAUGUGCUCAUUCAAGAUGACAGCGAACCAGAAACGCACACCUACAAACCCCUCAAUUUCAUACUACCUCCUCCGUCACCUGCCGAAAUGCCAGAGACGGAAACUACGAAACGUGUGGGCAACCUGCGUUUGAUAGUGACAAACUCGCAAGUUUCGUCAAUUAUUGGCAUGCAAGGCGCGCGUAUUAAGGGGCUUAUCGAGAGGCACGGAGUCAAGAUCGUCGCGUCCAAAAAUUUCCUACCAGAUUCGCAAGACAGAGUGGUCGAAAUUCAGGGGUUCUCUGAGUCCAUCGCGAGCUGUCUCGUAGAGAUUAGCCAGUUGCUGGCCACAGAGGCACGCGGGUCUCACGAAAAACAUUACUAUCCGCACACCAAGAAUUUGGAAGAGGGCUCUGUAAGCAAAACAGUUCCGAUUCCGGCAGAAUACGUCGGAGCACUUCUGGGCAGAGGCGGUAAUCGGGUGGCCAAUCUCAGAAAAUACACCAAGACUAAAGUUUUGGUGAGUGACGAAAGCGAUGAAAACGGUCUCAGGAGCUUUACGAUUACUGGUAACAACCAGAACAGCGUCAAACUCGCGGAAACCAUGCUUUUGAAAAAUUUGGAAACCGAAAAGCAGAGACGCGACGAGACCGCGACCAAAGAGUUGUGA